AUGAACUUUGUGACCAAAGUUGCACUGAAUGGGUUCAAUUAAAAUAAAAUAAAAUUAAUAUAUGAAUCCAAUCACAUUUUAUAAUAUUAAAAGGCUUUGCUUAUAUUUUUUUUUAUCAUAUAAUUUUAUUAAUUAAUUUAAUACUAUAAAAAUUUACAGAAUAAAAGAAUAUAUAUUUAAAUUAAAGUAUCUUUUAUCUAAUCAAAUCUGGUAGAAUUAAAUUUAAUAAAGUUAGUCUUUGUUUCAUAUUUAAAAGUUUAUAAUAACAAAUUUUAAAACCUUCAUUUUUUGUUACUUUUAUUUAAAUGUAUUCUAAAAAUGAGCUAAUUUGUUAUGGUUUUAUGGGAGUAAGUAAGUAAGUAGGUAGGUAGGUAUGUAUGUCACUUUAUUUUAUAUUUGAGAUAUGAAUUUCAAUUAAAAUUGAUCGCUUAGCUUAUUAAACUUUCAAACAGCUCAUUUACUUAAUAACCUGUUUUAGAGGAGACUUCGAAGAAUAGCAUCCCUAAAGAAUUUGCAAGUUGUUUACCUUCAUAAUACGAAACUUAUCUUUAUUAUUCUAAAUCGCAUUUAUUUCCAAUCAAAGCUAUUAGAGCUAAUUUAUUUGAUUUUUUUUAAUUGUAAUCUUUGAACCAUAAUUGA